CACUGGGCAGGGCAAAUUAUACUGUGGCCCAACCAUAAAAGCCACUUUCCAAAAAAAGAAGCUUUAAGGCCCCCGAGAGACGCAGCUGAGCCUCUCACCUGGCAGUGCCUGACUCAGGAGGUGAUGUCUGGGCCAUGAGCCACAGAGCCUGGUGUCCCUUUAAGCAGGGAGUACAAAUUCUCAUCCCUCCCUCCUGCUCUCCCUGACGUCAGCUGGAAGGCGUGUGAGUGAGUGAGGGGCUGAGGUGCCGCCCGCGCGAGCACACACAGACACACACACACACACACACACACACAUCUUCCAGACCCAUCCCCUGCCUGCCAGCUCCACGAGCCAGAGAGAGACAGAGCGCGGACGCCGCAGGAGGCAGUGCCUGGACCCCGGCUGCCCAGGAGAGACGGAGCCGGUGGCUGGUGAGGCCGCAGAGCAGGGCCAGGCCGGGCCCUGCCCGCAAGGACGACCAAACCCCUCACCGGCCCCUGGGCCCCAGAGCCCACCAGGCUCUCCUGCUGGCCCCACCAUGACUUCAGAGUCGACGUCACCCCCAGUUGUGCCCCCGCUCCACUCCCCCAAGUCCCCAGUCUGGCCCACCUUCCCCUUCCACAGGGAGGGCAGCAGGGUCUGGGAGCGGGGUGGUGUCCCACCUCGGGACCUACCCAGCCCUCUGCCCACCAAGCGGACCAGGACCUAUUCAGCGACAGCCCGGGCCUCAGCUGGCCCCGUGUUCAAGGGCGUCUGUAAGCAGUUCUCACGCUCGCAGGGCCAUGGCUUCAUCACCCCCGAGAACGGGUCCGAGGACAUCUUCGUACAUGUGUCUGACAUCGAGGGGGAGUACGUGCCAGUGGAGGGCGACGAGGUGACCUACAAGAUGUGCCCUAUCCCUCCCAAGAACCAGAAGUUCCAGGCCGUGGAGGUGGUGCUCACUCAGCUGGCCCCCCACACUCCCCACGAGACGUGGUCUGGCCAGGUCGUGGGCUCCUAGGCUGAGUGGCUCACAGGCCAGCUGGCCGGGGGUUGGGGAGCCACACAGGGUGAACGGGCAGCAGCCGGCUCCAUGCCCCACUGCCCUGGCUGAUGAGUCCUUCGGUGGCCUCAGUGUGCGCGUCUGUCUGUCCGUCUGUGCUUGUGGCUAUGAGCGUGUGCCUCCACCCACCCCACGACCCGUGACUACUGUGCAAGCUGGCCAGGAGGUGGGUGGAGGGCGAGGCCACCAGACCUGGCUUCUCGCUGUCCACUGCCUCUCUCCUCCCCUCCCUGCCGCAGACACGCAGGACCCGCUCGCCCUCCUGCUUACCCGUCCCCAUGGUGACUGAGCUGCGAGAGCCUGCACUGGGCUCACUCCCUGGCCUCCGCCCCUGAGCUGUCCCGUGUCAGUCCCUGGCCCGGAGCCAGGCUCUCUGUGCUACUUACUUACAUCUCCCUCCCUUGGCUGAGGUCCCCCGCCACAGCCUGGACCCUUCCCUCAGAAGCCUGGCCGGUGGGUGCUUUUGGGGAGCCUCUCAGCCUCUGGCAAGGGAGGAGGACUGACACGGAGGCACACAGGCCUCUCACUGCCGAGGCCAGCCUUCCUUCCUGCUCUGCUCUCUCAGUGCCAUGGAGAGGCAGGAAGAGGGGCCUGAGGGCGGAAGGGGUUUGGGGCUCCCAUUUCGCCGGCCAGUCCCUCCUCCUCAGCCUGGCAGUGGCGCUGGGCUCCUUCCCCUGGGCUGUACUGAGCCGAGCCCAGGGGUUUGCAGAGGGUGGGGGUCCAUCUCUCCAGCUUGGCUGCAGCCCUCCUUUACCCUGACUCACAAGCCCCACUGAUGCUCUGGGCCAUGCCCGGCUGACGGCUGCUGUGGAUGCCGCGAGGGACGGACACACGUCCGGGGCACCCACGAGGAGGGCCCCCAGCCUGGGAGACUGGCCCUGCGGCCUCCACGUCAAACUCUCUUCCCAAAGCCCUAACAGACCAGUGGCCGAGGUGUGGCUCUUAUCGCAUCCAUCCCUGAAGAUGUGUGGCUGUUGCUGUCACCUGGAGUCCUUUUGGGGCCAAGAUGUGUGUGCACCCGGGGUCGUGGCCAUUCACUCCCAGGCAGGGGUGAGGGUGGCCUGGCCCAGGAGGCCAGGAAGGAGGGCCCUGUCUGCCUCCACCUCUGGGUGCACCCCCUGCCUACCACCCUCCCUUCUAGAGAGCACAUCGCCUGACCGGGGAGAAGUGGGGCCGUGGUUCAAGGGAGGGCUGGCCAGGGGUGGGACCCUUAUGAGACUCAGUCUGUGAGUAAAACCGGGGGCUCAAAUGCCCAGGAUGAGGGGAUCAGUGACUGUCUAGGAGGAUCCCUUGCCUUGUAGGUGCCCCAAGACCGCAGGGUAGAGAUCAGCCGGGAUGCCUGCAUCCCACCCCCGGCCCCAGGGCCCACCACAUAAAAUCUGGGAGCCCAGAGCUGCUGAGGUGUGGUCAGCUCCCCUAAAAUGGGCACGGCCCAGCCUGUCCCAUGAGGAAUAAAGGCCCCUGGCCCCCUUGAGAGAGGGCUUGUUGGUGAGGGCUGACUCCUGGGGGCCCCCAAGGCUCCCCUCCUGUGGGGAGGCCACCUUUUAAGGCACCACUAGCAGUCAGGAUAUGGUGGCAUCAGCCCUGGGGCCUCCUGGGUGGCAGGGGGGCAGCAGCUCUUCUCCCCACUCACAGGCCCUGCAGUGCCCAUUUGGAAUUCCUCCCAAGACCCCUGGCCACCCAGACCCCCCAUUCUUCCUAACACUGGCAAUAAACCCUCAACUGUGACCCA